UCCCCAUUGGGCUCAAGAAAGGGCCCUGCACUUUUCCAUUUCUAAGACCCGCUCUCUCGCUUCAUUCCCCGACUUUCCUUUCCUUCGUCUCCCCCCAUCAAUAAAUUUCCCACCCCUCCGUCUGCAACAACUUUUCUCCCAAGCGAUCUGACAACCGGAUCAGGAAUUUUUCUUGUUGACAUCGCGCAACUCUACCUUCCUUUUUCUACUGCGCAAUACGAUUCAGGGAGCUUCUCUCGACGGAGACGCUUCUUCACUUGACGCCUUCCCAAUUUGGCCACCACCAAAACAUUACCUUUCCCCCUCCUCCUGACGGACGGCCAGAAAACACUGUCUAGCACCAACAUCAACCGACACGACAGCAACCAUGGCUGAUCGUUACAUUCCCGAGCAUCGCCGCACCAACUUCAAGGCGAAGAGCACCUUCAAGCCCGAGGAGCUCCGCCGCCGCAGAGAGGAGCAGCAGGUCGAGAUCCGCAAGGCGAAGCGUGAGGAGAACUUGGCCAAGCGCCGCGGUAUUGGCACGGGCGAGAACAGACCUGGUGCUUCCCUCGGAGCCGCUCCCGACAGCGACGAUGAUACCGCUCCCACUGAGUCCCAGCUCAACGAGGACCUCCCUCAGAUGGUCCAGGGUGUCUUCUCGGACCAGAUCGACCUUCAGAUCCAAGCAACCACCAAAUUCCGGAAGCUGUUGUCCAAGGAGCGCAACCCUCCCAUCGAGGAAGUUAUCAAGACCGGAGUCGUCAGUCGUUUUGUCGAGUUCCUGCGAUCCCCCCAUACGCUUGUUCAGUUCGAGGCUGCCUGGGCAUUGACCAACAUCGCUUCUGGCUCCGCCACGCAAACCCAGGUUGUCAUCGAAGCUGGUGCUGUCCCUAUUUUCGUCGAGCUUCUGGCCAGCCCCGAGCCUGACGUGCGGGAACAAGCCGUGUGGGCCUUGGGCAACAUCGCCGGUGACAGCCCUCACUGCCGCGACUAUGUUCUUAGCUGCGGUGCCUUGAAGCCUCUCCUGGCCCUUCUCGGCGACAGCCGAAAGCUCAGCAUGCUACGCAACGCCACCUGGACCCUCAGCAAUUUCUGCAGAGGCAAGACCCCUCAGCCCGACUGGAACACUAUUGCGCCCGCGCUCCCUGUGCUUUCCAAGCUCGUCUACUCUCUGGAUGACGAGGUGCUUAUCGACGCCUGCUGGGCCAUCUCCUACCUCUCCGACGGAUCCAACGAUAAGAUCCAGGCUGUUAUCGAGGCUGGUAUUCCCCGCCGCUUGGUUGAGCUCCUCAUGCACGCCUCCACAUCUGUCCAGACGCCUGCCCUCCGUUCCGUUGGUAACAUUGUUACCGGUGACGAUGUCCAGACCCAGGUGAUCAUCAACUGUGGUGCCUUGCCCUGCCUACUGUCGCUCCUCAGCUCCAACAAGGAUGGCAUUCGCAAGGAAGCUUGCUGGACGAUUUCCAACAUCACGGCCGGUAACUCGGCCCAGAUCCAAUCGGUCAUCGAUGCCAACAUCAUCCCGCCCCUCAUUCACCUUCUCUCUAACGGCGACCUGAAGACCCGCAAGGAGGCGUGCUGGGCCAUUAGCAACGCGACUUCAGGCGGUCUGCAGAAGCCUGAGCAAAUCCGCUACCUCGUCUCCCAGGGCUGCAUCAAGCCUUUGUGCGAUCUCCUGGCCUGCCCCGACAACAAGAUCAUCCAGGUCGCUCUGGACGGGUUGGAGAACAUCCUCAAGGUCGGCGACCUGGACAAGCAGGCCGCUGGUGAGGGCCCCGACUCCAUUAACCGCUACGCCCUGUUCAUUGAGGAGUGUGGUGGAAUGGAGAAGAUCCACGAAUGCCAGACCAACGCCAACGAGGAGAUUUACAUGAAGGCCUACAACAUCAUCGAGAAGUACUUUUCUGAUGAGGAGGAGAAUGCUGACGAGGGCAUGGCCCAGGGCACCGGACCCAACGGCACUUUUGGAUUCGGCACCAACGCAGCUCCCCAGCAGGGUGGCUUCAGCUUUGCCAACGGCGGCGACUCGAUGGACAUGUAAAAGAAAAGAAGAAAAAAAAGCCCUUGAUCAAACUGUUAACGACGCCCGGCGUGCUCUUCGCUGAUCCAGCAAUUCGCCGACCUUGGAUCAAACCCCAAAGCAGUCCCUUUCCCCCCCAUUACCCCCAACCCACAGCACCAAACUGUCACCUUAUCCCCUAGUCUGUCAGCAAGGCAUCGCACAUCUUGGUGUGCUGACAGACACACAACACCCCCCCCCCCCACAUACACUCACACAACACGUGCAAUCGGCGUUCUCUAAUAUGGCUUGAUGGAAAUGAUGGAAAGAUAUUCCCACUUGGGAGACGACAGGUCCUUUGGUAGCUUCAAAGCUCCAGCCUGGAAGAGGAGAAAGAGGAACGCUGGUACGGGCCGAAGGACAAGACUCAGCAGGCACGGGUGACAGACCUGCAGCUUCAGGGCUACAGGUCGGGGUCUAGCUGGUCGACAGUGCCGCAUGUGGCCAUUGAGGCGGACGGACUUGUACACCACACGGGAGACUGGCCAUAGCGCCCAAUGCCAUGUCAUGGAUGCAACGGCUGUACAGGAGACGAGUUUGAUUGAUGCUAGUGCAUCUCGACUCUGUAGAUGGAACAGGCUUACAUGACUUUGCUGCUGGAACCAAGUGGUAUCCGGCUUUACAGCGUUCACGGCCAAUGUUCCACCAUCCGUGGAAGACAAUGUCAAGUUGAAUGAACAGUUAAAGCAAUUUGCAGCGAGCCAUCCAGUCCUGACUUUCGCCCAUGACCGUUCGGUAUCGUUUGC